AUCUUAUAGACCAUAUCAUUCCAUUAACACAACAUAUAACAUCUGCAUUAUAACAAUAUGUUAUCGUCAUAUGUAUCCUUGUUCUCCAUAUUCUGAUCAAUAACAGAUUAUAGCCAGUUAUAUUCUACUCAGAACAAUGGUUCAGUCAACAUUGCUGAGAUUUAUCUACCCGCCGCCAGCAUCGUGGUUCAUAAACGCCAUGACAGUAAUCACAGGUGCAAUAUUAGUGAAUGGUGGAUUGAUGGAAGUAAAAGGAAAGAGCAUGCAGUACUCCAAGUUCUAUAACACCAGCAAGAAGAAUGCUGAAGCUUCUAAGAUAACAGAGCUUUCUGGUAGAAAGGGAAUGCUGGUGGUUUAUGCACCAGCUUUCGUUGCUAGUGUUAUCUUUUUAGCCUUUAUGCGAGACGAGGGCCUUAGGUUCACUUUGGUUACUUCUGCUCUUACCGUCCAUUUCUUCAAAAGGCUUUUUGAGGUUUCAUUCAUCCACAACUACAGCGGAAGCAUGCCCAUAGAUAUUGUAAUCAACUUCUCCGCUAGUUAUUUUUUGUAUACAGUCACCGUGACCUACUCUCAGCAUUUAGUAGCAGAAUUGCCGGAGCCGGUAAUCGAUCUGAAAUACGCUGGAACUGCCAGUUUCUUAGUUGGAAUAACUGGGAAUUUUUAUCACCACUACCUUCUAUCUAAGCUGAGAAAAGAGGGGGAGAAACAGUACAAGAUUCCUCAAGGAGGUUUGUUUGAUUUAGUCAUAUGCCCACAUUAUUUAUUCGAAAUUAUAGGAUUUAUCGGAAUCUCCUGUAUUUCGCAAACUCUAUAUGCAUUAUCUUUCACCGUGGGUUCAGCUGUUUGCUUGAUGGGGAGAAGUUACGCUACAAGAAAAUGGUACCUCUCGAAGUUUGAAGACUUCCCAAAAGAUGUCAAGGCACUCAUCCCGUAUGUUUUCUAGAAUUUGUGUUCACCGGAUUUAUGUACUUCUAAAUUAAUGAUGAUAUUAUUAGUUCCAGAUCAGAUUUUAUCUGAAAUAUUAUAUUAUUAGGGAUCAGUUUCAGUGAUAUUUGAGUGGUGUUGAUAUUAUUAUUUAAUUA